AUGGAUAUUAAUUUAAUAUAUUUUUUAAUUUUCUUUUUUCCUAUAACUUUUUGUGAUUGUAAAAAGUAUUAUAAUUACACCUUGUACAGGGGUAUACCAGUGGAAGCAAAAGAUUUAGAAUUUUUUCAAAAUCUUACACAAGUUGAACAUGUAAAUUUUUGGAGGGAACCAGGAAGGAUGUUCAAGCCCGUGGACUUUGUUGUUGAUCCUGAAUACAAAGAAUUAUUUCUAAAAGAUGCUAACAAUCUCGGACUGUAUAUUACUACAAUAAUUGAAGAUGUGCAAAAAGCAUUCGACACGCAGUCAGUCAAACCGUACAUCAGAAGAAAUAUUGAAUCAUUCGAUUGGAACAAUUACUAUCGAUUAAAAGACAUAUACGAAUGGCUCAGAGAUCUGGCAAAUACUUAUCCUGCAGAAAUGAAAGUCACGACCAUAGGAAGGUCGAAUGAAAACAGAGAAAUCUUAGCCGUGGAAAUCACUUUAAAAGGGUGUAAAAUGAGAUCUAAAGUUAUAGUAGAAGGAGGUAUUCAUGCAAGAGAAUGGAUUUCACCAGCCUUCGUAACAUAUUUCAUUAACGAAAUAUUGCAUGCUCCAUAUUCUAAAGAUGAGGAGUUCAAAGAUAUAGCCAUGACCUAUGAAUGGUACUUUGUGCCCGUACUGAAUCCUGAUGGUUAUGAGUAUAGUCAUACAAAUGAUCGUAUGUGGAGAAAAAACCGAAACCAAUUAGGUAGUGUGGAUUUGAAUCGAAACUUCGACCAUGCGUUUGGUACAACUGGAGUAAGUUUCAGGAUGAGUUCUGAAACUUUCUGUGGACUUAGUGCUUUUUCUGAACCUGAAAGCCAGGCAAUGGCAUCGUUUGUUGAAUCAAAAAGUCAUCAGUUGGAAUAUUAUUUCGCUUUCCACUCCUAUGGUCAGUACAUGAUCAUGCCGUACGCCAACAUGAAGAUGCAUGUAGAAAACUUUGAUGAUGUGUACAAAAUGUGCUUAGAAGCUAAAACAAAAAUUGCGAAAAGAUAUAACACGGCGUACACUGUUGGUACAGCGUAUGAUACUGUUGGCUACAUGACGUCUGGAGUUAGCGGUUGCUGGGUAAAAGCUAAUCUCAGAGUUCCGUACGUAGUCACUUUCGAGCUACGAGACACUGGUUAUCACGGCUUUGCAUUACCUCCAGGAAAGAUUCAACCAACUUGUCUAGAAACGAUGGAUGGAGUGAUUUCUCUUCUAAAACCUCAAACAAAGGCGUAUGCCAGAUUGGAAGGGAAAUAUAAUUACGAUUCAGGUGCCAUAUUUAUUUUAGAUAAAAUUAUUUUAGUUUUUAAUGUGUUGUUAUUUAUUAUAGUGCGUUUUGACUAA